AUGACGGUGGCAUCGUUCUUCCGCGAGCUGUAUUCUCUCGACACCCUAGAUACGCGGUUUACAACGUCCUCGUCCACACCCCUGAAAGCGAUCGAAGAACACCCCCGCAAACCAGUGGAAAGAGAUGGGAAAGCUGUACCUACAGAUGUCUUCCCGCCUCAAUGGAGGACCCCAGAGUUCUACUUCUAUGCCCUGGUGUUUCUGUUCUGCGUGCCACAGAUGUACUGGGCUGUAGUAGAAGUUUCGCAGCGUAAGAUUGGCAGACUCGGACGGUAUCAUGCGAACAUUGGAAAUAACAAAAGCGUUACAGCUGAUUCACCCAACUAUUCCAAAUACGAACCUUUGUUGUCUCCAGGCUGGCUGUUCGGUCGGAAAGUGGACAAUUCAGACGGCCAGUAUGCCAGCUUUCGGGACAAUAUCCCAUAUCUAGCUGCUCUACUUGUGGUCCACCCUCUUCUUCGACGACUCUACGAGCGACUUGUCAUUAAAGGGACAUCUGCGACAAAUGGUGCGCAUGCAAAGAUCCCAUCUGGCAAGGCGGAAGCAGACCUACGUCUUCAGACUCGAGUCACGUUCGACUUCUAUUCGGCUUUGGUAUAUAUUGCGGUUCUGAACGGAUUUUCUAUCCUGAAAAUACUCCUGAUUCUUUACAUCAAUUUCAAAAUCGGCACAUCACUCACCCGAUACCUCAUUCCGGCUUUGACUUGGAUCUUCAAUAUCGGCAUUCUGUUCGCCAAUGAGCUGGCCCAGGGUUACCGCUUCUCGACCUUGUUCGAGGCUCUUGCACCCUUGCUCCCUAACGCUGCCGAGUGGGGCAAAUUCUUGGAUGCCCAUUCUGGGUUGAAUCCCAGGUGGGAGGUCCUUUUCAAGAUCACUGUGUUAAGGAUGAUCUCAUUUAAUUUCGACCACUAUUGGUCGCUGGACCGGUCAAGAGCAGGGAGCCCCGUUGAGAAGAAACAACUCGAUCCGACAGCGCUGUCGGAACGAGACCGAGUCGCCAUGCCUGCGCCGGCACACACAUAUACCUCGUUUAAAACAUACGUCGCAUACAUCCUGUACCCUCCGCUUUAUCUUGCCGGACCCAUUGUGACGUUCAACGACUACAUUUACCAAUCUACCUAUCCAACACCUUCGAUCACAACAAGGCGGACCAUCCUAUAUGGCAUCAGGUUCUUGAUUACACUGUUUUGUAUGGAGUUCCUUCUCCACACCACCUACGUUGUGGCAAUCUCAAAGGUUUCUCCAGAGUGGUCCGCCUAUACACCGUUCCAGCUCAGCAUGAUGGCUUAUUUCAGUCUCCAUAUCAUUUGGUUGAAAUUGAUGAUCCCAUGGCGGUUCUUCCGGCUUUGGGCGCUGAUCGAUGGCAUUGACCCACCGGAGAACAUGGUUCGUUGUAUGAGUGACAACUAUUCUGCUUUUGCCUUCUGGCGUUCUUGGCACAGAAGCUUCAAUCGAUGGACGGUGAGAUAUCUCUACGUUCCACUUGGCGGUGGCUCAUCAGGCAGAAUACGUGGCAUCUUCAACAUGCUUGUCAUUUUCUCCUUCGUGGCGCUGUGGCAUGACAUUAACCUCAGACUAUUGGUGUGGGGUUGGCUUGUCGUCCUGUUCGUCCUCCCGGAAGUCCUUGCAACAAUGGCGUUUCCGAAAGCCAAAUGGAAAAAUAGACCGGAGGCUUAUCGCGUUCUCUGUGGAAUAGGUGCAGUGUUCAACAUCCUCCUCAUGAUGUCGGCCCAUUUGGUUGGCUUUGCGGUUGGCCUGGACGGCUUGAUGGGGAUAGUGCACGGCAUAAUGGGCAGCUGGCAAGGGGCGGUAUUUAUGUUUUGUGCCUGCUGUGCCCUUUUUGUCGGCGUCCAGGUCAUGUUUGAACAUCGCGAGGAAGAAAAGAGGAAGGGUAUCCGAUUGAAGUGCUGA